CGACCUUGGCGCUCAGCUGUUUUUACGGGAAAAGAACUUGGUAUUGGAUCUAUUUAGAUUUAAAGAUUUUUUUUUUAAAUUGCUCUUACCGAUAAAAUGGUCUCAUGAUUAUUAAUAAGUAUUGGAGCAAAAUAUUAUAUAUAUGAAGGCCCUAUUAGUGCUAAUUUUAAUUGUAUGUAUUAAAUUUAUCAACAAUAACAAGGGUCUCGGUAGGGUGUAGGAAAGUGCCUGCUAGACUUCAAAAAAAAAAAAACAACAACAACAAACGUAUUAGUAUAGUAUAGUCAUACAGUGGACAAUAAUUUUAUAACUCAAAACUAAAACUGAUUUCUAUUUGACACUAUUUGCUAUUCAGUUUGUAGACUAAUUAUUUUUUUAUGUUUCAUCACCACACAUCUUAGGAGAACGAAAGGAAAUACAUACAAAAUUUUGGAACACCUUCACUUUCCUUUCAUUCUUCAUGUUUCAGGUCAGGUAUAUCAUAUUAAUAUUUAAUAUUAUUCCAUUUUCAUUUGGCUUGUUUUCUGGUGAUUUUGACAAGUCAAUGAUCAACAAAUAAUAUCCCUUUUUUUUACAAUCCAAUUUUUAUUACUUAAUUACUAAAGUAUUUAAUCUAGAUUUUUAUCAUACUUAUACAUUAUCAUUUGAUGACAUGAACUAUAAACCAGAGAAAAUAAUUUGUUACAGUUUACUGACCAGUAAAGAUUAAUCCAAGUAGGAGUCAGGGAUUAAAACAACAUCUCAAAUAGUAAGCCCUAGUCUUCCAAACAAAAGAAAACACACUUCAUGCAUUCCAACUGGAGGGGUUCGCAGGUAAGGUAAAAAUAUUUCUUAUGAGCAACAACUGAUCUCGGUAUAAAAUAUCUGCAGAAUGCUAAACCUAAAAAUGAAAUGUUUGAUUUUGGCAUAAAUAUGCUGCUUUUUUGCUCACAACUUUUGUGUGCUUAAUCAUAGUUGAUAGAUUUUAGGAAAAAUCAAUUGUGUUGAAAUUGAUCUGUUUAAGUCUUAUUUAAAAUUCCCUGGCUAAAAAGUCUAAAAAUUAAAAACAAUCUAUCAUAAAUUGUGUUUAUAUGCCAGAUUAUUUGAAAUUUUUGUUUUUCCUAAUUUUUAGCAAUUGAUUUUGUCCAUCACUUCAUACUUCUCUUUUAAGUCUGAUGACCUGACAUGUAGGAAAAGAAUUUAUCUAGCAAAACUAAAUUUUCUUGGAUUUUAUAUAAUGUUAUCUUUUAUAACAUGAUAUGGGGUCGGUAAAAUGAAUAAAAAUUUUAAACCAAUAAAACCUGAUAUUCAAAAAUAAAAAUUUACUUUGUUUUGACUUUUAACUUUAGAAAACAAUUUAUAUACAUCUCUUUUUUUUCAGGACUGGGUGAAUCAAGGCCUGCGUCUAACAACAGGAAGUAACGAUGCCUGUAAACUAUAUGACGCCGCAGUUACCCAGGUAUUACUUCGUCUAUACAAGAGAAAAAAAGACUAUUUAACCAAAGUUAUUAUCUAGUGAGCUAAUCUGAAUUUAUAAUAUUGGUUUUGAUCUAAUCAUAAUUUAGACUAUUGGUUUUCCCUGUGGAUUGACAACAUUUUCUGUGGCAUAAUGGGAAGGUGGGGAAAUAUUUUUCUAUUGAAAGAGAGAAAGAAUAUAGAACAUGCAAAGGAGCCUCACUAGAGAAGUGAGAGAAAUGGAAUUGAGUGGAAGAGACUGUAAAGGUGUGCUAAGGACAGAAGCAUUUUUUUUUUUUAGUGUUCAAAUGCCUAUGCAUACUGAGAACAAAUAAAGCAGGGGAGAAAGAUGUAUUGAAUUUUUUAAGAAAGACAACCAGGAAGUUGUGCCUUUAGCAGGGUUACAUUUCCUGAUGUCAAUAAAACAAUCCAAAAUAUACAUUUAAAAAAAAUUAAAAGCUUAAAUAAUAAUGCAAAUAAAUAAUGAAUGUAUAAGCCAAAAGCCUUCUUCAGCACAGAAAAAAAAUGCAAGUUUUAAAAAAAUUUGAAGUUUAAUAGAAAAAAAUCAACAACUUGAAUAACAGCUUAUAGAAAUUGGGAAUGCAAUUUAAAAGACUCUCAACCCCAUGUGCCAAAUAAUUUAAGAAUGCCAGUGAUUGCAUCAGACGAAGUGAAUCCCAUUAAAGAAUGCCAGUAACUGCAUCAGACGCAGUAAAUCCCUUUAAAGAAUGCCAGUUAUUGCGUCAGACAAAGUGAAUCCCAUUAAAGAAUGCCAGUGACUGCAUCAGACGUAGUGAAUCCCACUAAGAAUGCCAGUGACUGCAUCAGACGUAGUGAAUCCCAUUAAAGAAUGCCAGUGACUGCAUCAGACGUAGUGAAUUCCACUAAGAAUGCCAGUGACUGCAUCAGACGUAGUGAAUCCCAUUAAGAAUGCCAGUGACUGCAUCAGAUGUAGUGAAUUCCAUUUAAGAAUGCCAGUUAUUGCAUCAGACGUAGUGAAUCCCAUUAAGAAUGCCAGUGAAUGCAUCAGACGUAGUGAAUCCCAUUAAGAAUGCCAGUGACUGCAUCAGAUGUAGUGAAUUCCAUUUAAGAAUGCCAGUUAUUGCAUCAGACGUAGUGAAUCCCAUUAAGAAUGCCAGUGACUGCAUCAGACGUAGUGAAUCCCAUUAAGAAUGCCAGUGACUGCAUCAGAUGUAGUGAAUUCCAUUUAAGAAUGCCAGUUAUUGCAUCAGAUGUAGUGAAUCCCAUUAAGAAUGCCAGUGACUGCAUCAGACGUAGUGAAUCCCAUUAAGAAUGCCAGUGACUGCAUCAGACGUAGUGAAUCCCAUUAAGAAUGCCAGUGACUGCAUCAGAUGUAGUGAAUCCCAUUAAGAAUGCCAGUGACUGCAUCAGAUGUAGUGAAUUCCAUUUAAGAAUGCCAGUUAUUGCAUCAGACGUAGUGAAUCCCAUUAAGAAUGCCAGUGACUGCAUCAGACGUAGUGAAUCCCAUUAAGAAUGCCAGUGACUGCAUCAGAUGUAGUGAAUUCCAUUUAAGAAUGCCAGUUAUUGCAUCAGACGUAGUGAAUCCCAUUAAGAAUGCCAGUGACUGCAUCAGAUGUAGUGAAUUCCAUUUAAGAAUGCCAGUUAUUGCAUCAGAUGUAGUGAAUUCCAUUUAAGAAUGCCAGUGACUGCAUCAGAUGUAGUGAAUUCCAUUUAAGAAUGCCAGUUAUUGCAUCAGACGUAGUGAAUCCCAUUAAGAAUGCCAGUGACUGCAUCAGAUGUAGUGAAUUCCAUUUAAGAAUGCCAGUUAUUGCAUCAGAUGUAGUGAAUUCCAUUUAAGAAUGCCAGUUAUUGCAUCAGACACAGUGAAUCCCACUUAUUUCAUCAUUAAGGGGAUGGGAUAAAAAUUACAGCACAACCUUUCUUUUCUUUUUUUUGAAAUAAGACCUGUUAAUUUAUUUCUGUGCAGUAUGCAGGCUGGUAUGAUGAUGACAGCUUAGGUGGAAUGGAAGGAACGCUAAACAAGUUAAGGGAGGCAGAUCCAAAUUUCGGUAAUUAUUAAAGCUGUGUAAUAUUCAUGAAUCAGUAACUAUUACAUCUUAAAUCUUUGAAAUAUUUAUUAAACAAUAACUACAUCUUUAAGCCAUGUAUUAUUAUUGUAACAAUCUUAAACAUUGACAUACAUCUUAAAUCUUUGAAAUAUUUAUUAAACAAUAACUACAUCUUUAAGCCAUGCAUUAUUAUUGUAACAAUCUUAAACAUUGACAUGAACUAUCAAGAGAAAGUUGGGUUUUUUGAAAGACUGUAAAUUCUUUUUUUUCCCCUCUUGUUUACUUUAUUCAUUGUCUAAAAUACAUCUAUUUUUGGCAAAAAUGUUUAGUUAUGGGUCAAGUGGUCAGAAAUGGCCUCGAGUUACUUGGCACGGGUCGCAACACAAAACUAGACACAGCCCUCAGGGAUGAUGUCAACAAGAUGAUUGAACUCAGUCGGAGUAAUCCUGAGGUCACUCUAAGGGAACAAAGACAUGCGACGGCGUUAGGGUGCUGGGCAGCGGGGUGAGUGUUUAAGUUGAAGAAAUCAGCUGACAGUGAACUGGAAAACUAAUGUUUCUAUCGUAUCAGUCCAGUAUCAUAACAUAAAUUUCCAGUAUCGUAACAUGAAUGUCCAGUAUCAUAACAUGAAUGUCCGGUGUCAUAACAUGAAUGUCCAGUAGUUCUUGAUGAGUUAGGAACCUUUUAAAAUAAAAUAUAAUAACAUAUUCAUUGAUUUUAAUAUAUUUUUUGGUAAAAAAAAAAGUACCCAUUUUUUAAAAAAAUUGUUAACUAUAUUGAUACAUUUGUCAGAAAAAUUAUACUGAAUUAGCGUGUCAUUAGUCCUGCAUCUGAAUUAUUGCCGCUAAAAGACUUGAGACAUUUUUUUUUUCUGUCACUUUGUUUGAAAGAUCUGAUUUUGCCAAAUUUUGUUUAAAAUUCACAGUGAGAUUGAACAUGCUACAGCAGUCUGGGAAAACAUUCUGGUAGAGUACCCACAUGAUGUGCUGGCCCUCAAAUUUGCACACGACACCUACUUUUACCUGGGCAACUCAUAUCAAAUUAGGGACAGCAUUGCUAGAGUUUUACCACAUUGGAAGCCGACCACACCACUCUAUGGGUAAAGAGAGAUUCAUAGCAUUAAAAUGUUUAAUUACCAUAGUGACCUAGAUAUUUAAUUACCAUAGUGACCUAAAAUUACCAUAGUGACCUAGAUAUUUAAUUACCAUAGUGACCUAGAAUUACCAUAGUGACCUAGAUAUUUAAUUACCAUAGUGACCUAGAUAUUGAAUACCAUAGUGACCUAGAUAUGUAAUUACCAUAGUGACCUAGAUAUUUCCAUUGAAAGUCUCGUUGCACUUUAAUGGUUGGUUACUUAUUGUAAAUAGUUUCCAGCGGUCAUAUUUUUUAUAGAAAACUGCCUGUCUUGACCAGGUGUUUGUGGUCAGUGUCAGGAGUCCAGUGGGAAUUGUUAGAAAUACUAAGUUGCCACAAGCAAAGUCCAUCUGCCUGCCUUGACCAGGUGUUUGUGGUCAGUCCAGGAGUCUAGUUUGGAUGUUUAGAAAUACUAAACUGGCACAAGCAAAGUCCAUACUUGAUCAACAUGGACAAGAAUGAACAAAAAUUUCAAAAUAUAUACCUAUAUUUUCUAGGCCAAACUUUUUGAAGAAAUCUGUGUGGUCGGGAAGGGGAGGCAGUCCACGUAACGUUUAAAAUAUUAAAACUAUUCGCAUAAAUUACUAUAAAAAUAUUAUUUUUUAAUUUCUUUAGUUAUGUUUUAGGAAUGCAUUCUUUUGGCUUGGAAGAAACAAAUUUGUAUCCUGAAGCUGAAACUGUUGCAAGAAAGGUCGGCCAUUUUCUCUACUCCUCUAGCAGAUUUAAAAAAAACAGAUUAUGGAACCAGCUUGUUAUUUUUUAUAUCUUUAAAUUCCUUAAUUGGCCAGACUGACAUAUAGUUUUAAAAUUUCAUUCAUAAUUCCUAAAUUGAUGAGUAGGUGAAGAGUUCAUGAACUUAUUAAAAAUCUUUCUUGUUUGGUGGAGACAUUUACGUCUUGUAUCACCAGGCUUUGUCCAUCAACCCACGGGACGCAUGGGCCACCCACACACUAUGUCAUGUGAUGGAGAUGACAGGCAGACAGCAUGAGGGCAUCUACAUGUUGGAGAAAACUGACCAGUACUGGCAGGUAUGUGGACAGAGAAGGCAGAUAAUUCCUUAAUCUUGUAGAAGAUUCUUGUUGAUAAAUUAUUCAAAAUAAUAACAAUUUGUUUGUGUUCUUCUAAAGAUUGCUAAUUUUUUUUUUUUUUUUACAAUUUUGUCUCACCAACAUUAUUGUUAUGAAAUAAUACACUUAUUAUGAGUUAGCCUCAGUUUUUACAAAAAAUUAAGAAGAAUUGGGUGGUGUGAUGGUUUUUUUUGUGUUACAACUUUUUCACUGUCAAAAUCUGUGGUAGAUUAUAUCAAAAUAUCUAACUGAAGCCGGAUGAUUAAUUUUCUCAUUUCAGAGAUGUGGCAUGCUGGCUUGCCAUAACUUUUGGCACUGGGCUCUUUAUUACAUUGAAAUAGUAAGUGCCAUCCAGGUGUCAUUGUUCUACUGGUUUAGGUCGACUUGGAUGUUAUGGUUAGGCAGACUUGGAUGUGUCGCUAAGGAAGUUACAGAUGAUCGGUUUCUGAUAUUAUUUAAAUAAAACUUUAAAAAUAAAAAAGUAACACAUGCCAGGUUGCCAUUCUUCAUAAAGUACUUUCCAUUGAAGGGGCAACCUGGGGCAGUUGCCAGAGUUUGAGUGUUCAAGGGGCAACCUGGGGCAGUGGCCAGAGUUUGAAUGUUUGGGGCAACCUGGGGCAGUUGCCAGAGUUUGAAUGUUCGGGGCAACCUGGGGCAGUUGCCAGAGUUUGAAUGUUCGGGGCAACCUGGGGCAGUUGCCAGAGUUUGAAUGUUUGGGGCAACCUGGGGCAGUGGCCAGAGUUUGAAUGUUCAAGGGGCCAAAAAUUAAAUCUUUAAUCUCAUAUUUUAUUUCUACUUACCUGUGCAUCUAAAGAAAAAAUGAGCUUUUAUGAAGUAGACCUCAAGGUAAUUUGUAUGAGGCCUUAAGGUAAUUUGUAUGAGACCUCAGGGUAAUUUAUAUGCCAUUAUUCUGCAAACUGAGUAUAUUAAUAUUAUUAAAUAUUUACCUGAAAAAAUGUUUGAUUGCAGGGAGAUUAUGAUAUGGCAUUGUCCAUCUUUGACCAGGAAGUGUCGGUGAGGGCAAGUAAAUCUGGCGCCAUGUUGGACGUAGUUGAUGUGUGUUCACUGCUCUACAGACUUCAAAUGGAAGGUGAUGCUUUUAUAUAGUGCUUGAGCUGGGAGUGCGGCGGUGGGGUUGGUCUUGGCGUUAAUUUGGGUUGAAACGAAGUUUUGAUAAUGGCAGGAAAAGAUAUAGUGGACUUUGUGUUUUAGUGAUGCAUUUUAAAAUAUAACGGUGGAUGCCUGCUUUAACAGGAUGAUCGGGGUCCAUAAAAUUGAUUUGCGUUAAUUAAUUCUGGGGUCGUGUUGAUGAUUUGUGGGUUUGUACAAAUACAUUUUUGGGAUUUUCAAAAAGAAGUAAGAUAUUUUAUAUGGUUCAAACUAUUUUAUGAUUUCUGUAUCUCUUGUGAUUAGUGAGUUGUGUGGUGUUGACAAUGGGCUAGUUUUAGUGGCUAGUGAGCUGUGCAGUGCUUACUGUUGGGGUAUCUUAUUGCAGGGGUAUCUUAUUUCAGGGGUAUCUUAUUGCAGGAGUAUCUUAUUGCAGGGGUAUCUUACUGUUGGGUUAUCUUUACAAGAUGAUAUCUUUUCAAAAGGUGUUGAUGUCAGAGACAGAUGGGAUAGAGUGUUUUCUGUAUGCAAGUCCCACCUACACGACCACAUAAUGGCAUUUAAUGACCUACAUAUUCUCAUCUCAUGCCUCGGGGCUGCACAGGAAAAUGCAGUUGCUGAACUGAUGCAGUCCAUUGAAGAAUUUAUCAGGUAAGUUGAGAAAACCUCAGACACAAAAGAGUUACCUUAUCUCCUGAAGUUAACUUAGCUCCUGAAGUUACCUUAGCUCCUGAAGUUACCUUAGCUCCUGAAGUUACCUGAGCUCUAAUUAGCAGGUAAUUCCUGUAACUAUGUAUUAACCUGGCUAAUUUAUUCAACCAUUAUACCCAUCAUCUUAUAAGAAAUGUAGAUGUUUGGUUUAUUUCUGUUACCAAGACUAAGUCCUUAAAUUUUAAAAGUUAACAAGUGAGCUAAACCCAACUAUGUUGUCAAGGCAACUUACAGUUUUUAUUUAUUAACAGUGGGUCUACGACAUAUAAAUAUAUGUCAAAAUUUCAUUUUCAAAGUCACUAACAAUAGUGACAUUGUUACAACAGCCAUGCUAUUCACAUGCUAGUCAUGUUUCAUUCUAAUUUUUUUUUAAAUAUUUGGCAUUUAGAAUUAUUUGCCUUUGUGUAAAAUAAAUCUGUUACUAGUGCUCAAUUGAUGCAGUGACCAAAUAGAUAUUAGACAGUGUUAAUAUAAUUUGAUUUGACUUUCUUUUAAACUGUAUUAUUUUUAACCAUUUCACAUGUGUAGUGCUGGUUGAAAUGUUCAUUUCAUUUGUGUAAAUUGUGUGUGUUCAAAGGGAGGGCAGAGGAACGAAUGCUGAGGUGACCACUCAUGUGGGAGAGAAGUUGUUCAAAGCUUUCAUCGCUUACAAUGAUGGGGAUUAUGCUGCAGCUGUUGACCUCGUUCGACCAAUACGUUACAAAGUUGUCAGGAUUGGUGGCAGCCACGCACAGGUCAGCUGUCGCAAGCAUAUUCUUAUUGUAUCAAUCUUUUUUUUUAUGAUUAGUUUUUUGUCUGAAUUAAACUAACGCUGAUAUUGUAAAAUGUGUGUUUCAAACUAUUUUGUGUAUUCUUCACAGCGAGACUUGGUGAAUUUGUUUCUUAUACAAGCUGCCAUCAAGUCCACUAAGCCCGAACAUCAUAAAUUGGCCAGGUAGAUAGAUUUUGUUAAAAGACUAUAAGAAGUUAUUCUUGAGCUAAUAGAAUUAAAUCUCCUCCCCCCCCUCCCCACCCCCCAACAAAAAAACAACAGAAAAGAAAUGUAUUUAUAUUAUAGUUAAUUUUUGAAACCAUAUCACUAAAUGCAAUCUUUAUCAUCUUUGAACCAUGUUAUAAUUUUAAUUUAAAAUAAACCCCCCCCCCCCCUCCCCCCCCCCCAACAAAAAAACAACAGAAAAGAAAUGUAUUUAUAUUAUAGUUAAUUUUUGAAACCAUAUCACUAAAUGCAAUCUUUAUCAUCUUUGAACCAUGUUAUAAUUUUAAUUUAAAAUCUACCCUACAGCAUAUUACGUGGCCUUUUUAAUAUAAUACUGGAAAAAUGUGUAAAUAUUUUGUUGUUAUUUCUGCUGUAUAUGCGCCCCCUGGCUGCUGCGUCCUAGGGCAUGGUCUGUGUUGGCCUUAAGGGAAAUCUGGCCCUGGAUUUAUCUACUGUUAAAAAUUAACUUUUGACAUGAAUUCUAAAAGUACUUGACUCUUUUGUUGGCUCACUAGAAAUCUUAUAAGAAAAAAAAGAACAAUUCCAAGAAUGUAAAGAGUUCAACGGUCUUUUAUUCCUGCCUUUAAAACUGACAUUUUUUAAAUGUUGACAAUGUUCGUCCCACAUGAUAUUCAUUGCUGAAGUCAAAUAACCAGCAUAAUAAAAGUGGAGAAAACAUUGGCUCUGUCAUCUGUCAUCUUGCUUGGAAUAGAUGAGCUUAGCCAAUGUUUGUGUUUCUGGUACAUUGUGAUAGAACCAUAUCAUCUUAACAAACCCCUUUCUGAAAAGUAGUUUGAAUUGAAGAUAUCCCAUCUGAGUUGAUCACAUAGUGAAGAUAUCCCAUCUGAGUUGAUCACAUAGUGAAGAUAUCCCAUCUGAGUUGAUCACAUAGUGAAGAUAUCCCAUCUGAGUUGAUCACAUAGUGAAGAUAUCCCAUCUGAGUUGAUCACAUAGUGAAGAUAUCCCAUCUGAGUUGAUCACAUAGUGAAGAUAUCCCAUCUGAGUUGAUCACAUAUUGAAUAAAAAUUUAAACUAUGUUUAUUUUCCCAGGGCUUUGUUGAAUGAGAGGAAAUUGUGGAAGACAAACUCACCAAUGACUGACAGACUUUUGUCCAAAGUUAUGGAUCUUGAUGCUGACUAAUUGUAUGGUUAUGUACACUUUUCUAUGUUUUCUCUUUUUUUUUAACACUUGACCUAUGGAAUUUAAUAGUGAGAAAAUUUAUUUUAUUUUUUUGGUCAUUUUUGAGGUAAUUCAAAUUGGCCAUUAUUAUUCUUGCCUCAAGUGAAUUUAUUGUAAUGAUAUAAUUAUGUGUUCAUAAAUACAGCGAACAUUGUGCAAUUAAUUAAACUUAUUACCUUGAAUAUUCGACUAUGCCAAGAAUUAAUUAAUGAAGUCAGAAGAUGAAAACCUCGACAAAUGUUAUUUUUAUCAAUUUUGAAUUUUUAACCAUUAGUUGUCUGUGAUUGUAUAACUCGAUAAUAUUGAUGAGUCGUUGUGGGCUACCCAUCGUGUAGAGGCUACCCAUCGAGUGGGCAAAGGAAAGGCAGCCAUUUCCUCAUCAUGAAAAAUGGUUUUAUUUUAAAGUAAAUGUAUACUCAUAUUUAAAUUUGCAUUGCUAUAAAGUUAACAGUGGGAAACGUGCUAUGUGCAUAGAAUGUAUGUAUGAACACCACUUAAAUUAGUGUGGAAGGGGAAAUGUUUUACUUCUCUUGAACUUUUAAAAAGCUGUGACUGUAGAUCGCUUGAAUCUUUACAACUUGCUUUUGUUAUAAAUACAUCUUAAGAGGGUUUAUAUCUUCAGAUAAUUUGGUGGCUCUGCGCACUAUUUGUUCCAUAUACAUCUUGUAUCUGUUGGUGACUCUGCGCACUAUUUGUUCCAUAUACAUCAUGUAUCUGUUGGUGACUCUGCGCACUAUUUGUUCCAUAUACAUCUUGUAUCUGUUGGUGACUCUGCGCACUAUUUGUUCCAUAUACAUCUUGUAUCUGUUGGUGACUCUGCGCACUAUUUGUUCCAUAUCAGCUGCAUCUUGUAUCUGUUGGUGGACUCUGCGCACUAUUUGUUCCAUAUCAGCUACAUCUUGUAUCUGUUGGUGACUCUGCGCACCAUUUGUUGCUUAUACAUCUUGUAUCUGGUACGUUUAUGGGUGAGCUGCUUUGACUGGCGGGAAGACUGCAUCAGAACCUAGUCUAUGACAUUCCCACACUGAAGCAUUAUAUUUCUUGAAUGUCAUUUGAAUGACAUGAAUUGUUGUAUGUACAUAUCAACCAAUGGAUCUAUUUUCAAAAUAAUUUAGAAUUGUUCAUUAUUUAAAGGUGCGCUUUACUCUCACAGUGACAUGAAAUAUUGUAUAUACAUAUCAACAAAUGGAUCUAUUUUUUAAAGAAUUUAUAAUAGUUAAAUAUUUAAAGGUUUUUCUCUACUCUCAGAAUGACAAGAAGCAAUACUAUACACAAAUAUUUUAACAACUAUUUUUUUCCUUGUUGGCCUGAUCUCAAACUCAAAU